AUAUAAGAGAAAAAAAAAAAGAAAAUUGAAGGUUGAAAUUUCCUGGAAAGGAAGCCAUGGAGGAGGAUGAACUUGCCUAUUAAACAGAGAUUCCAAUUUCCAUUUCAGAAUUCAGGUAAAUUCAUCAUCGUCUUCGCUUAAUCCUCAAGGCAAGUUCCCUUCAUCCAUCCCUCUCCUCCUCUUCAUCAUCAAUCCACCUUGAAGGAGAGGAAGAGAGGUUACUCAUGUUCAACUCAGGAAUCCCAUUUCGCCCAAUCAACGAAGAAUAACCCUCUUCGUGGAUUUCCAGAAUAUUCCCUUCAAGAUCUCAUAUACCAUUUCUGAUUUCGCUAAUCUUUGUGUAUUUAUUCGCUUGAUCCGUCCCUGUUCCUCUAAGGAUGACUUUUCUUCGAUUCUUCUGUUUCUUUUGCCUGAUUUCUCUAGCUUUUGCUCAUGAAGCUUUCGAUUCGCAUCUCCUUUUGAAACCGCUUGUUCUUGAGGCUCCUGAGAGUGGUGAGAAUCAGUUGAAGGAAGUGGAUGGAGAAAUUAGGUUAAGGUGCGAUAGUUGGAGAUUCAAUGUGGAGGCUAAUAAUUUGAAUCCGUGGAGAACGAUUCCGAAAAAUUGUACUGAAUAUGUGAAACAGUACGUAACGGGUCGAGCGUAUCAACUUGAACUCAAAAUUGCUUCGAAUGAGGCAGGGAUUUUUGCCAAGAGUGUGAAAUUGGUCGGCGAUGGAAAGGAUGUCUGGAUUUUCGACAUAGACGAGACCUUGCUCUCUAAUCUUCCUUACUACACGGAACAUGGUUAUGGCUCGGAGGGCUUUAAAGCUGAUGAGUUUGAUAGCUGGGUCCAGAUGGGUAUGGCACCUGCUAUUCAACCCAGUUUAGAACUCUAUAAGGAGCUUUUGGAUCUAGGAUUCAAGGUGGUUUUGCUUACUGGAAGGAGUGAGUAUCAGAGGGAAGCAACAACGCAGAAUUUGAUAAAUGCAGGGUUUAAUGAUUGGGAUAGGCUCAUACUGAGGAGAGAUGAUGACCACGGGAAGCCAGCAGUACUUUACAAAUCUGAGAAGCGGAGCGAGAUGGAGAACGAAGGAUUUCGAAUCAUCGGAAAUUCCGGUGACCAAUGGAGUGACUUAUUGGGUAUGUCAAUAUCGAUUCGUUCGUUCAAGCUUCCAAAUCCUAUGUAUUACAUUUCCUGAACAUAAUGAACGAUCUGUUAUCAAUUAAACCUUGGUUCAAGAACUCCUACAGGAUUGUAUAUACAUUAAUGAUUGUCUAAUUU